AUGUGGCGCUUGCUGUUGCUGUGGAUCACUGUGGUGCUGGUGGCAGCUCUGGAUGAGCGGGAAUUCGAUCCACAAGUGGCACCUCCUCAAAGUUCAGUUUCGAAACCCUUUCAACUAUGGCGAAAUUUUGCGAGCCAAGUGCGUCUGGUCUUCAGUCGCUUUCAAUCGACAACACCCACUCCUCCCACCGUUAAGACUAGAAUGCGUAUUAUCACCACAACUUCAGAGCCAGAACUGCAGUUCUAUGGAGCUUUGAAUCCCAUAUAUCAAACGGGGAACUUUUAA